UUGUUAUCCUGUAGUUUCAGAUGCCGUAUACUUCUCGGCUUGAAUAUAUGCCAGGGCUGUUCCCAUAUCAGCUGCGGGCAACUGUAUGAUGAGUGGGAAAAUGGCGUUGCAUUUACAACUUUUUUCUUGACCGUCAAAGUGAAACGCCUUCUACGACGUCAUUAUGAACAGGUGGUUGCACCACACGUCGCCAGUGGUUCGAUUGAUGAGAAGCGUCUCUGGUCAACUAACUCAAUUGCAACCAUGGACGAAGUCUAUACUUGUCGGAGUGGCUGGAUUCCGAAACCGCGACGAAUACUACACUGCCUGCGAAUCGUUGCCACAUCUCCACAAAAUUCGAAUGCCAAUGAUUUUCCUGUUCGCCAAAGACGACCCUAUAAUCCCGAAAUGUCUGUGGGAACCAGUGAAGGUAAUGCGUCAUGUUGUCAGAUUCCCUCCCUACUAUAA